GAGGAGGGACCAGGCAGAGCAAACAGCCUAUCAAGUCUGAACUGCUUCUCGCACUCAGACUAUCUUUAAGUCCUGACAGCUUUUGAUCCAUGUUGCUCAUUAGCAGACCUGACUUGAAGAUCACCUCAAUUAAACGAGAACAGUUACAGAAAGUAAAAAGACGGAAUCAGUGAGGUUUGCCUUUUUUGCUUUCAAAUUGUUGAUCUCUUGAUGCCUCCACAUAAACUGCACGUGAGAGUGAGGAAAUACCCGUUUUUCUUUUUUGUUGUCAAUCAUGACAUUAAGUUUUUCGCCUUUUUCUAUCAAAGACAUUCUCGGUAGACGUGAUGCCCGAUGGACACCCGACACCACAAGUGCCGAAGAGCUCUGUGCACCAAAACGCAAUCUCGGUGCGUCUCCUGGAAACCUCCCAUCCGAUACCUGCAAGGAGGAGUCCGCGGAAGAUGAGCUCAGAGAAGCCGCUACAGAUCAGUGCAUGGAGCAGAAAAAUCAGAUGGAUGCGGGGGAAGAUGAAUACGACCACCGAAAUGAGACGAUCAGCUGUUCGCCAGAUGAGCCUCGGUGCAGGCCAGGUACGAAGAAACGCUCCAGAGCGGCCUUCUCUCACGCGCAGGUCAACGAGCUGGAGCGCCGGUUCAGCACUCAGAGGUAUCUCUCAGGCCCCGAACGGGCCGAUCUGGCAGGAGCCCUGAAGCUCACGGAGAACCAGGUGAAAAUCUGGUUUCAGAACCGGAGAUAUAAAACAAAACGGCGCCAGAUGACGGCUGAGCUGGCUGCGCUCAGCUCACCAAAGACAGUGGCGGUAAAAGUGCUGGUGAGGAACGAGCAGAAACAGUAUCACAUGGGAAAUGAAGGGUACUCCCCCAUGGCUGUGCCUCUGUACCAGGGCCAUCGGUACUAUCCCUACCUGCACUACUACUACCAGCCUUGGAGCGUGGACGCCAUGUCGUAUGGAGGGAUGCUCUGAAACUGAAGCUAGUCUCAGGAAAAGCAUCCAACUUGUGUCACUGAGCGUUGUGUGCACCCUACGGACGUUUUGGUGCAGAAAAUGUUUUUAUAUACAUCUGUACGUUUUUUCCCCAUCAGAUAUAGGGUUAUGUGUGAUGGUUUGUUUCUUAAAAUUCAGCUUAUUUUCUUUUUCAAAAAUUUGUAGGAGAAUAUGACCGAUGGCUAAUUCUUUACGCCAAAUAGAGUCUAACAAAACAUUUAAAAGCUACAGUACAAAAGUUAUUGGACCAAGAAAGCAUAAAGACAUACAAUAGAUUAUUUUCUUACUUUAUUUUGAUUUAAAACUAUAUAUAUAUAUAAAGUUUUAAAGCUGGAAUUCUAACAAAAACGUUUCUAUGAUUAGCUAAUUAUAAUUUUAGAUAAUAUGAAAUUCAAUAUUGAUAUUCCUGCUAAUAUUCAAUAUUAGAUGGGAUAUUUUUAUUAUUUUGACUUGAAUUUGCUUACACAUCAAUCAUAUGCGUAAGGGUACUUGCUUUAAGGAAAUAAUCCUGUAUGUUAGUAAUUUUUCUCAUCAUACAUUUUUUUUUCACUAAAUUUUUAUUUCUUUUUAUUUAAUGAGGAAAAACUACAAUUCCAAUUAAUUCCAAUCACCAUUUGGCUUUUAACUCACUAGUCUGUGAAAUGAAUGACAUCCUAAAUUUGUUUAUAUUUUCAUAUUAUUUGUUUUUUAAAGUAUAAUUGUAAUAGUGGACAUUUAGGCAACUCAUCUUAUAUUAUUCAACAUCUCAGAACUGCCAUUAGCUCAUUUGAAUUUCCCAGUAAAUCCUACUGGAUGUACCUCACAAGGCUGUAUGAUGACCUGCAUUUUGUAUUGUUUUUCCUUGCAACUAGCAAUAAGCUAUCUGUUACCCUACAGACAGAGCAGAAAAGGAAUAUUAAAUUUGUACAAACCCAACAAGGACAACAACUUCUGUUGAUGCCCUGAGAAAAAAAAAGACAUUUUAAGUCGAUAUUUUGUUUAUUGGCUCCAUUUAUUGAUUAUAAAACCCACCUUUUUAUAACACA